AGCGGAUGAGGGAGUCGCAGAGAGCGCAGUCCGUCUGGAAGGUCAGGAGCAAAAUGGGCCUUUACAAAUUGUCAAUGAGUUUCAUCUUCCAUGAAAACUUGGGCUGUUUCUCAGCCAAAUACCAUGUUAUAUAUGAAAAUGAGCGAUGGUGGUAAACUCCCCUUCACCAUUACCUGAAAGGGCCAUUUAUGGAUUUGUCUUGUUCCUCGCCUCAAAGUUUGCAUUCAUUCUGUAUUUAGUAUGGGCUUAUGUUCCAGAACCUUGGCUGCACUCAGUGGGUCUCACCUACUGGCCACAGAAGUACUGGGCUGUGGCCCUGCCCAUUUACAUCCUUGUUGUGAUAGUGAUUGCAUACAUGUUACUCUGUGGAAUUAAUAUGAUGAGCACAGCUCCACUGGAUUCAGUGGAUAAUAUUACAGACAACUAUGCAAAAAGCCAACAGAGCAAGCCGUAUGUUGAAGGAGCAAUCCCAGGCCUUCAAGAUGUUUCCAUCAGUGAAGUGAAUCGAAUGUUCUUCCUUUCCUCAUCUCACGAGUCAGCUGGUGACCAUCCACACAUAUGGCGUACACGUGCUGCUAAGAAUAUGGAUUUAUUUACUGAGAACUGUACUGACACUUCUGAUCAUUAGUUACUAUGUAUCUAUAACGCUUCGUCUUAGUCAAGAACACUGUCAACAGAUACAUUCUGAUUCCUUGCUCAUUUAUAGUUCCUUGAAUUAAAAUUUUCAUAAUUCUAGAAAAUCA